AACAUCAUGAAUGGGUGUUUUUACUUGAUGAACUGGAGUAUAGUUGUGGGGUGUUUUGUCUUUAACCGGAAAUUCUUUAGGAUUUAAAGCUAACGUUCGCCCAACGUUUACUCUCGCGCUCAGAUGAAAGCUGCACGUGAAAACAACAUCAUCAACAUCAUUUUAAAAAGAGAAUUUGUUUUUUUAACCCGAUCAGAUUGAGCUUCUGGGUUUUUCUACCACAUAUUCAGGAUGCUGCGACGUCCCAAACCGACCGACUCUGAGGCGGACCUCCUGAGGGAGCAGGAACGCUUCCUGACCUCUGGAGCGCCGUCAGCCGCCUCUAUGGUCCGCCGUCCUGACAAGAGGAGGGGAGAGGCUGGAGACGCCGAGGGAGCGGACAGCAGCGAGAAUCAGAAGGACGUAGUCACCAUAGAAGAUCUUCCAGACCAGCUGCCGUCUUUAACACCAGCCCCUCCGAAGAAGUCUCGAUUUAAAGCCAGUCGUGUGACUUUUGAGGAUGAGGAUGCUGGAGAAAGGCUGGACAGACACGAUACCCACAUCAGUGCUGUUCUCUCCAGGAUUGUGGAGAGAGACACCAGCUGUGCUCAAAUAUCUCUGCCAGCGGUUACAGGCCUGGCUUUUCCAAAAGUUCUGCACCGCUCAGAAACCAGCUCUCAGGUUCCGUCUUCGUCAUCCAAAGGGAAGAGGAGCAUCUUUGCUCGUCAGAUUGCAGCUCAGAGACUAAAAGAGGACAAAACACUGAAAGCAUCUUCAGCUGAACCCAGAGAUCAGAUCCUCCGUUCUGAUGCUGGUUCUAGGUUGGUGUCCGGUGAAGGCCUUCAGGGUCCGGACAGUUCUGGAGAAACCCUGAGGAUCCACCAGGAGAACCAGGCGAAGCUCCAAGCGAUGUCCAAAUCUGAGAUUCUAGAGGAGCAAAAGAAGCUUUUUUCUCAGCUUGAUCCCAGGCUGGUGGAGUUCAUCAGAUCUCGUAAAUCUCAGAGUGCCGUGUCGCCUGGUUCCCCGUCUGAACACGCAGCAGCAGCAGGUACAUGCAGCGAAGAAGGUCCUCCUGCUGAAGGCGCAGAGAGUGGAGAAUCCUGCAGAACCGCUGCCGGGUCGGGUCAGAGUCCACCGGAGGCGGAGAUGGAGGAGGAAACCGAGGUCAAAUCACCACCUUUAACUGAGGAUGACCUGCCGGUGAAACCCCAGAAGGAAUGGAUCCACAUGGACACCUUAGAGCCGGAGAAGUUGGAGUGGAUGAGAGAUUUGCCUUCACCCAGAAAGAAAGGAACCAAACAGGCCAUGCAGGCUCGUUUUGACUUCACUGGGACCUUAAUUCCUCCCUCAGAAGAUCUGCCGACCCACUUAGGCCUGCACCACCAUGGAGACGAGCCCGAGCGAGCCGGUUACUCCCUGCAGGAGCUCUUCCUUCUGUCUCGCAGUCAGCUCAUCCAGCAAAGAAGUCUGGCUCUCAACACUCUCGCCUGCAUCCUGACUAAAGCGCGAGGUGGAGCGUACCAGUCGGUUCUGAAAGGCAGCGUGACGUCCACGCUGCUCGAUGCCGGUCUGCUCUUCCUGCUCCGCUUUGCGCUGGACGACAGCAUCGAAGGAGUGAUGUCUGCAGCCGUUCAUGCACUCAAAGCCCUGCUUGUGUGUGCAGAAGAUGAAGAGUGCUUGGACUGCACCUUCUCCUGGUUUCGUGGCCUGGCGUGUUUCCCGCUGCUGCCAUCCUCACAGGAGGAGGAAGAUGAGGAGGACGAAGGGCUGGAUGAAAGCAUGAGGGAGACAGCCAAGGAGAAAGAAGAAAGGAAGAGUGAUUAUGAUGUUGCCAGACAGGAUGUCGUUAAGGGUUUGUUGAGGAUGAGGCUCCUGCCCAGGCUGCGCUACAUUCUGGAAGUGGUCCGACCGUCCCCGCUCACGGUGCAGGACGUCCUGCACGUCCUGACGCGCGUCGCACGGCACUCCUCAUGGUCUGCCGCCCAGGUGUUGGACUGUCCUCGCCUGAUGGAGACGCUGAUGUCCGAGUUCCUUCCCACUUCCUGGACGUCUCCAUCGUCCCUCAGUUCUCCGUCUGUUUACGGACGUCCUGUGGCCGACGCCAUGAAGCUGUUGAGGGUUUUGGCGACGUCUGGGAGACAUGCAUGCGCCAGAUUGUUAAACUCCCUGGGAGUGCGGGAACGCCUGUCCUGCCUCCUGAGUGCCGAGCCCAGUGAGCUGCUGAUGGAGCCAAACGAGGCCCUCCGGAUCUCCACGGAGGCCUACAGGCUGUGGGCCGCAGCAGCCGCCUACGGACAAGCCUGCCAACUGUACAUAGACCUGUACCCAGCCUUGGUGCGGACGUUGCAGGCUCUCAACAGCAUCCUGUCAACCUCAGAUCCUCUGCAGCUGCAUCGUCUCUCUGCUCUGCUGUCUCUGCUCACACAGGUCACACACACGGCUGGCUGCCAUCAGGAGCUGCAGGCCGGCAUGGUCAGAGCUCAGGGAGAGGAGUGUCCGCCUCCGCCGCCCGUGUCCUGGAGUCACGUUACUGGUUUGCAGCCGCUCCUUUUGGGACAUUUGAAGGGCGUAGUCAAAGGCCUCGAUAAUCCAGUUCAGAGAGACGGCGUCCUGACUCUGAUACCUGCUUAUCUAGUCUACCUACAAGCUCACUACCAGCAGCUCUCCAGACAGACCUGCUUCAAGCCAGUGGAGACGCUUCAGGACUUGGAGCUCCUGACGUCGGAGGUUCUUCUGCCUCUCUUGUGUCACGAUGUUGUGCAAAACCUGAUGAAGAAUCUCAGGUCGUCCUCGGUUGUGUGUAACCUUCAGUCCAGUCCUCAGAGCCCAGAGGUCGCGCCCAGCCUCCCUGGUUUGGCGUGUUCGGGAUGGAGGGAUCGUCCAGGACUGGCGGCUCCCGGCUCUCCCUUCCCUCUCCUGACGGGACUGGGACUCGUCUUUGAAACCAUCACAGAGAUCCAUAAAGGUCUCAGUAGGAAGUUCUCAGGCCUCCUGCUGUCAGAGCCUGUGAUUGGUUACCUGCGCAGCUGCAGCCAGGCCACGCCCACUCUGUCCCACAGCAGGUCCUGGCUGUUUCGCCACGAACAUCACUUCCUGUACCUGCUGCUCCGGCUGGCGCACAGACUGGUUCCAGUUGAGCCGGAAGUUGCCAAACAUGCCUCACUUUACCACCAGGUGGCGCUGGUGCUUCUUCCCUGGUUACUUCCAGGCAGUGAAUACCUGGCACACGAGCUGCUUUCCACUGUUAUCUUCAGCAAGGACUUUCUAUCGGAGGGCCACAGCGGCGGACCAGAGGCUGUGGAGCUCGGGGAACUGAAGCUCCACACGCAGCUUCAUCAGACGUCUCCCUCCCUCCAGACUGUCGGCGCUCUCCUGAGAGAAGCCUGCACCCAGCUGCCCUCCAUACGAGGCUGCUACCUCACCCACCUGGCCCACCUGGAGCAAUCAGUAAUCACAUCCCGGGACGUCUUCCUGGGGCGCAACCCUUGGAUCGGGUCCCAUCUGCUCCCGGAGCUCACCGGCCCCACGCUCCCGUCUGACUGGCCGUUCAUCCCGCUGAUCGGGCUGUACGAGCGGGCCGGGGCGUCUGACGGCGGAGGGCUGGCGGUGGAGGAGCUGCCUCAUGGAUCUCUGCAGGCGGUGACCCACUGUCUGCAGUGGCUGCUGCUGCUGGAGGUCUGGAGGGAAGAAGCUCUGAAGGUCGUCCUUCCUGUCGCCAAACUCGCCCGCCUUUCCUGCGUCUUCCUCUGUUCCAGCGACCUGUUCCUGGAGAGACCCGUUCAGAGGCUGACCUGGGGUCUGUUCAGGCUGCUCACCAGGGGGUCCAGGUUGGACUCCUUGGACCUGGACGUGCCUCCUCCAGGCCUGGCCUCCUUCCAGGACCUGUACUCGGCCCUCCUGGCCCAGUACGAAGCCGUGUCGUUUGGAGACCGGCUGUUUGGCUGCUGGGUUCUGCUGCCUCUGCAGAGGAGGUACAGCGCCUCCAUGAGGCUGGCUGUUUUUGGAGAACAUGUGGGGAUGCUGAGAUCGCUGGGUGUCACUCUGGACCAGCUGUCCGUCCCCAUCGAGCGGUUCACCUCGCCGCCUGAAGACUCCCUCCCUCUUCUUCGUCUGUACUUUCGCGCUUUAGUGACGGGAACCCUGAAGUUGUCCUGGUGUCCCGUCUUUUAUGUGGUUGCCGUGUCUCACAUCAACUCCUUCGUCUUCUCCCAGGAUGCCGCGGUGCAGGAGGUCGAAGCAGCUCGACUGAGUAUGCUGAGGAAGAUCUACUACCUGGCUGAUGAGGUGUUGAAGAACCACUUGCUUCUUUUCCGUCUGACCCAACAGCACCUCCAGCUCGGCUUUGACAUGUAUGAACAGCUUCCCGCCAUCAGGGCGAAGCGUUUAGAGACCGUUCUCGGUCUGCAGGACGACAGUGGAGCCUGACUGGAUGCACACCAGUAACGUGAGGGGAGUUGGAAUAAAAAGAGACGGGACGAAGCUGUAAACAUGUGAGGUUGCAUGUUGGGAGGAAAAGCUAGCAGUGGGAGAUUGUGUGAUGUCAAUCGCCCUGGAAAUGGCACGGUCACCGAGAUUUUUCUGCGUCCUGCUCCAGCAGCCGAGCAAGAGAAGAAUCAAAUCAAAUCCUAUCCGGACCCGGCCCAGCUGUGCAAAUAAUUCAGGGAACACCAAAGUAGAAAAAUCCCUUUUCAAUGACAGCCAAAGGCCAAAUACAAACGCCGAGAAAUGAAAUGCAGAUGGGACAGAGCGGAGGUGCUGCAGUCCUCGUCCCCAUGUGACUUCAGCUUUUUGCUAAAGGGUUUCUUGCACUUGAAAAGCCGCCCAGGACAGAGUUUGGUGUCUGAUAUCCUGCUCUGCAAGUGCCUGAAAUGUUCUUAUUAUCUGUGAAUAAAACGUCCCUCUCCGACGACCAUAA